UCGGAUCGUCCAGACACAACGCUGGUUUUGUUUUGCCUCAAAUUAUCUUGGCUCACGUCUCGUCGAAACGGGCUUUACGCGGUCACAUCGGCAAACUUUGAUCUGGCAUUACAGAGGGUGACAAACCCCAUUCAGGCAGGUUCGCCGCCCCCUUGGAUCUAGAUAGUUGGCUCCGAGUCCCGACUCGCUCCCUCCUGCCAUGUCCGCGUAUUCACCUCGUCACGGAUACGAGCCGCUAUUGUCCCAGGAUGCCUUUAGGCUGCUCCUCCUCGACCCCUCCAACUCCCGUGCCGCUGAGCUCAGGGGAUCCCUACUCAACACUACCCUCGCAGACUGUGAUUACGACCUGAUCGACCCCUACACAGCCCUGUCAUACGUAUGGGGGGCUCCCGAAAAGCCAUGUCAUAUCUACCUCGACGGCCAUGAUGACAAUUCGUUUGCCACUACCAGGUCUCUUGAUGACGCGCUCCGGGACCUGCGCGACGCCACCCGUGUCCGGAGGCUAUGGGCCGAUGCUCUAUGCAUCGACCAGUUAAAUGUUGCGGAGCGCAACGCGCAGGUAAGCUUGAUGGGGCGCAUUUACUCGGCAGCCCACAGCACCGUCAUCCAUCUCGGCGAUCUGACCCCCGACGUUUCUGGUGUUUUCGCUACCCCUCGUGCUUCGACACCCGGCGCCUCGGUUGGCAACUCUGGUGGAAUCGCCGUCGAAAAUAAGCGGAGUAUUCUUGCCAAGUCGUGGUUCAGGCGCGUCUGGGUGCUCCAGGAGCUCGUCCUUUCGAAAGACCCUUGGGUGCAAUGUGGCAACCAACGGAUACGCUGGGACGCCUUCUGCCGUUACUUUCUCGGCACUGGAGCGAGUAAAUCACAACAUCUUCACGACGGUGAUGCGGCGUUACGCGUUUUGUCAGACAUGAACUUCAGCCGGACUAACAACGCUCGCCUCCCUCUCCAUCGCGCCAUCCAAGUACGCCGAGGUCUAGGAGCCACGGACCCGCGCGAUUUUGUUUACGCCAGCCUCGGCAUCAUUAGUGAUCUCCAUGUUGUCAACCGGUAUCUUCAAGUUGACUAUUCAAUGUCGCUGGCCGAGACGUUUGGUAAAGUUGCCCGAUACAUGUUUGACCAGCUUGGCGUCGAAAAAGCAAUAGCGCUUACUGACCUCGAGUCCACCCAUCCCAUUGCGCCCUUGGAAGACCGUAGACGUUUGGCAAGAGACAGACCCCCAUCAUGGGCACCGGACUGGACUCGCGAUGCUUCGUAUACGAUCCCCAUGUACAAAGACAACCACCUAACCCACAUGAGACUGAAGGGUAUGCACCAUGUCUUCACGGAUGGCGAACUUCCGCUCGUGCUAGGCCAUAUUGGAUACGAGGUUGACACGAUCGAGAGCCUGCAUAGCAUGCCUUCCGGCGACAGGUCUUCAUACCUCACCAUAGAGUAUGAGCAGGCUAAAAUAGACCUUCGCAACCUGUACAAGAACACCCACGCGUCCGGAGACAAGUUUGGCUCUUACCGGCAUGUGCCGCUCAAAGAUAGAGAGGCGCAGCAUGAGACGCUCUGCAACAUCAUCAGUAGUACCUGGACCCGGUUCUUCGAGGACAACAUUGAGACAGCUGAACAUCUUGGUUUUGUUGAAUCGUUUGCUCAAUGGACAUCGGCCCAGGCGACGAGUAAGCGCGAGUUCGUUGGUUCGGGCACCAGAGGCCUCAUCGAACUCCUGUUCAAGUAUUUUGAGGUGCCAAAGGGCCGAUCCGCGCUUGACGGCAGGUGCCUUGUCUUCACUCGAAGGGGGAACCUGGGCGUCGCGCCUUGGUCGGCGAAACCGGGUGACCACGUCGUGUAUCUGGCCGGUAGCGAGACGGCUGUUGUCUUGCGCCCGAGGAGCGGCUUAGGAAUGGGAAACAUUGAGCGUGCUCUGUUGCAGAAAGUACGGCAGCCCGGAUACGGAGCGGUUUCCGUGGCGGAUCAAACCGGCGAACACGAGCUUUGGAGAGUACCUGAGCAAGGAGACGUACCAAUCUCACAUUUCGACGUCGUCGGCGAGGGUUACCUUGACGACUACACGGGCUGGUCUCUGAAGUAUCCGCCCAAGGCUUCAAAGAUGCGAUUGUUCGCAUUGCAUUGAAUGUCACAAGUGUGAGUACUGAGAAGCUUGGUAGCACAGAAGUUGAUGACUAGUUAAGAGCUUUCUUGUUUGUUUCAUGGAACAUAGUCUCUCUAGAUCCCCGUACGCGGUCUAGUGCAGUUCACCCGGUACACGUAUAUCACGAUACGCAAACCAAUAAUCUUGUGUUGGGUAUUGGGCAUUAUACUUAUACUGUUUUUUGUGACUGUGUCGCUAUCAUUGUCUACUUGUGCGACUUUACCAAGGACCGG